GUCUUGCUCCGGGCUAGAAGUUGGAGUGCAGUGCUUAUAUGUCUGCCGCGGUAAUAGUCUGCAGUGUGGUAGAUAAAGGGGAUGUCGCGUGAUGGGGAUGUUUCAGCAUGUAUGCUGGAUUAUGAUUCUACUCCAUGGAUACUCUUUGUCUUGUCCAAAUCCUGACAGAAUACUGCCUUGCCAAUGUGCAAAGCAUGGUGUUGAAAUUCAAAUUUGGUGCAGUCACAGUGAAGUGUCUAGAAUUUUAUCAGCAUUAGAAUCGGUUGCUGCUGAAAUAAAACAGCCAGUGGAUGAAUUGAUAUUAGAGAACAACGCUCUUCCUUCGUUACCAGGGCGAGCUUUCUCAUCAUUGAACGUCAUAAGAUUGAUGCUCAGGGAAAAUGGACUUCAAAGAGUGACGGCCAACUGGCUUGCGGGACUGGAGAGUUCUUUGGUGGAGCUGUUCAUAGUGGAACCAGAGUUGAGAAGUUUGCCACUCGAAAGUCUUGAGAGUUUGCCUAAACUGGAGGCGAUUACUCUCCAUGCAGGAGCCGUGACUAGACUGCCGAGGUUGGCUAACCUGACUCAGUUGAGAUACUUACACACUAGACUGCCCUUGCUGACAGAACUGCACACGAGCAAGCUGCAGCACAUGCCGGCGUUGGAGCAAGUCCACAUAGUCUCCUCCCCGCUGUUGUCACGGCUCGAGCAGGCGAUGUUCGACCAUCUGCCGAAGUUGAUGUUGUUGAACAUCACUGGAAGUGGAGUGGAAUACAUCCACCCUCGGGCUUUAACAAGGCUACCUUCCCUCGUGGAACUGUCCCUAGCAGGGAACCGCAUCGUGGAUGCAGGUCUGAUCGGCCGUUCCAUCAGAGAGCUCCCGUCUCUCUCUGUCCUCAGACUCGACGAGAACUUGAUCGAUAAACUGCCUGAAACUACGUUUGUCGAUAUCCCCCCAUUGCGGGAGAUUCAUCUAGCUAGAAACUACAUAACGGAGAUCCACCGAGGUGCUUUUCACAGACUUCCCGCUCUACGGGUGUUGGAUCUAAAUGAAAACAGACUAAGAAAAAUCCAUCCGGAAUUUUUCCUGCAGCCUUUUGAUAGUGGUUUGGAAGAGCUUAGUGUCAUACAUAAUGAGCUGGACGAUGUUAAUCAGCUGAGGAUAAUUUUGGAGGCUUUGCCUCGUUUGCGAUUUCUUGAUGUAAGUAACAAUAAACUGCAAGACAUUACCUAUGGAUCAUUGAGAGGACACGGCUAUUUGGAGCGUCUUCAUCUCGACCACAACAGGUUGAGGAGGGUUGUCAGAGAAGCCUUCAUCGCGAUGCCUGCCCUCCGAGAACUCAGACUCUGUAACAAUUCACUUUCUAACUACCUGGAAAUGCCUUUAUGGAACUUGCCAGCUUUAAAGGGUCUGGACAUAUCGUACAACGAGUUUCACCGAUUGGAUCGACGCAUGUUGGCGAACAUUCCCUCGUUGCGCCGCCUUGAUGUCAGUGGUAACGCAUUGGUUACCGUCGACGCAGCUGCCUUUCUCGGAACCCCAGCACUCGAGCAUAUCAACAUCUCCCACAAUGCCUUGCACGACUUCAGCCCUGCCACGUUUCCCCAUCUGACUAAACUUUUCGAGUUGGACGUCAGUGACAACAGGCUCAGAAACAUGGUUCCGAACCUUUCGCCAUCAUUGGAGUACUUUCACAUCGCGCGAAAUCAUUUGCCCUCUAUGCCUUCAGCAGAUGUAAGGCUUUCCGCGCUCAAGUAUCUAGACAUAUCAGGGAAUGGGAUACACCGAUUGGCUGACAACAGUUUCGCAUCUAUGCCGCUACUGAAAGUGAUCUUGGCGGGAGAUAAUGCCCUUCAGUCUCUGGAGGAUAAGACACUAGAAGGAUUGGGCCGUCUCGAAACUCUGGAUCUUCGCAAUAACCGUUUGUUGUCAGUCAACGACCGCGCUCUCCGAGACUUGCGGCGGCUCAACAAACUAGAUCUCCAUGGAAACAGACUCGACACCAUCGGACCUCAUCUGUUCCGAGAAAACACAGCUCUCAAGACACUUGACCUUAGCUGGAAUCAACUAACUCAUAUUCCAGAGUCUUCUUUAAUUGAAAACAGAGGCUUGGAGGAGCUCAUCCUGGCCCACAAUGCUCUCAGUGAGCUGCCUCCAGACCUAGUUCACCUGCGGGAGCUACGAGUGUUGGAUCUGAGUCACAAUCGAGUGUCUGGAGUAGUUCCGCAGCUACACGCCAUGGCAGCUCUCAUUGAGCUCAAUUUGGCCAAGAACAAACUAAGCUCAUUGUCCGAGGGAGUGUUUUCCAACAUGCCAUCCCUCGCACUGCUGGAUCUCGACAGCAAUGAGCUCCAGUACAUGGCACCUCAUUCUAUCAGGUCAAUGCCAAACCUGACAGCAGUACGAAUGGGCCGCAACCGGCUCUCUACACUGCCGAGUGCAGCUUUCAGCAGCCUGCCUUCCCUCUUGUCUGUGGAGUUACAGGAGAACCAGCUGACUGAUGUGGCAAGUGAUGCCUUCACAGCUGUGCCUAGUCUGCUCAUGCUAAACCUAAGCUACAAUCAGCUGACCGGGUUGGAGCGUGCAGGGCUCUCAGGACUUCACUCUCUGGAGGUCCUGGAUUUGAGUCACAACAGAGUCACACGUUUCGACAGCCAUGCUCUGCCCAACCUCCAAUCUUUGGUGCAUUUGAAGAUGGAUGACAACAGACUGUGCAAUAUUUACGGAUCCCCUUUCCGUAAGAUGUCUAGGUUGAGGGUAUUAAGUUUGCGUAACAACAAAAUGACGUCUCUGCCUGAAGUUACGUUCAAACCACUGCGCCACACCAUGUAUUCCUUGGAUGUUGAAGGCAAUCCCCUGCAGUGCAGCUGUGGAUUGAUGUGGCUUCAGGGAUGGAUAAGAGAGGCCCCGCAUCUCCACAUGGAACCCCGGUGUCAUGAUGGCAGUUACCUGCGACAUGUGAGGAUAGGGGGCGAGGAAUGCAGCUGGCUUGCUCGUCAGGAGGAGACUACCUCACUCGGCUGUGAGGCCACUUCUAGCGAAAACCAAUCAGGAUACUCCUCAGUUCCAGGAGUGGGGCCAACACAACAGUUAUCCUCUUAUUUUGACAGCAGUAGUAAAGAAACUACGAUCCGUCCAUUGCCAGAAGAGUCAGAGUAUUUCUACGAGGACUUUGUGGAGUAUGAGGAGAACUCAACCCUGCCCCUGAAUUUAUCUCAAUACUCUAGCUCUACGACAGAGUCCAACCUGCUGCAAACCAUUCCUCCUGGUGUUCUUUCUCACUUUAUCCCAGGGGACACUCCGACCCUCUACGCAGGAACCAAAUCUGCUGUCACUACAACUACCUCCUCCCCCUCUCCUUCUGUAUACACCAGGCAACCUUCCUCUGCCUUCACUUUCUUCGGGAUGCCACUGCCUUCACUUGGCAGCUUCUGGGGUUCUGGGAGGGACACAGAUGGACGUGGAAGGUUUACCAGUAACAGGGGCCGAGGUAGGGUACAACAGCUGCCACCAGUGCUACAUGAAGGUUUCAAGCCUAUGCUACCUGGGGUGGCGGGGGGCUUCAAGCCCAUCUUCAACCCCUUCAACAAAUCUGAGGACUACAGCAGUCCAUCACUCGCUCAAGAGAGCUUGUACAAUCGCUCAGAGUGGAAUUUCUCCGGUAACUCACUGCCUCACGCCACCAUAUCCAAGGUUGUCUCACCAGCACACAAACAAAAACCCCCUUCAAACGUGAGCUUGUCAUCCAGUGAGUCAGUGGACGAGAAGAAUGUGUCAGAGCCACUGUUGGAGAGUGGAGGAGGAGGUGUGAUUGUAGAGGGGAAUGCAGAAGAGACGACCACAAGGCCCUCCACUACCACAACCACUGGUGAGGAGAUGGCUUUUGCUAUCAGCCUCACAGACUCUGCCUUGGGCCAGCACCACCCCCUCACUAAUGCUGUUGAUCAAAAGGAUAAAAACAACGAGAGUGAGAAAACGACUACGCCCAGUUUCCUAAGUGACCUGUGGGGCUCAGUGAGUUAUGUGGGGAAAGGGAAUGGUCCCACGUCGCUGUCAGAGUUCCUAGCGCCAGGAGCCCAGGUGCCGCCCAAGCCGGCGGGGCGCCCCACCAUAACAAAAGUGACUCUGACGCCCCCACUGGGUCCUGGCCCUGCCCCACUCGCUGAGGACCUGCAGGCCCCCAUACCCCGCCUGGCCAAGAGCCCCCCUCAACAUUACUACCCCCACAACGACUCCAUGGCCUGGUACUACUCAAACUACAACAAGUCCGAGCUGGAACCUUAUGUCGGUCCUGGUCGCGUUGUUCCCGUCAGCUCUUCUACCGUCACAGUCACCACUUCCCUCCUCAACGUAGUUGUCACCUACUCUCUGCUAGUGUUCAGUGUAUAAAUGACAGACACAAUCUGAUUACAGAGACCAAAGUAAUUUUACUAUACAAUUAAUUUUGUAACUGAGCAUCACAGAUCUUAAUGUGUGACAAUUUAUUAGGAUAAUUUUUAGCUGUUGAUUGAAUGAAAGAAACUGUGUGUUGCUAUUCAUUAAUUUGUUGCUAUUCACUGAUAGUGUAAGUUGGUUUAUUUGAAUAAAUUUACAAAAUAAUCUAGCCAACUGUAAGACAUUAAGAUCAUCAUUUAAAUGAAAUAAUCAAUAGUUCUUAAAAUAAGUGUUUGAACAAUUAUGUAAAUGUAAACAUACAUUUACUGAUGUAAAAUACUACAGACUUUAGAUCAUUAUUAUUCGUACCAUGACUCCAAUUAUAAAAAUGUGGUAAGAGGGGGGAAAUGAAUGAUCCUUAUGUAAAAUUCUGAAUAGUAAACCUGCUGCUUGUUUUUUGUUGUAUUUUUUAAUUGACAAUAUAAUAUAUAUUCCAAAGAAAUCAUAGUAUCUCUUUGAUAUCCAUACUAUAUCAGUUGAUAUAACUAAAUAACUUAUAAUGGUCUGUAAAUAAAAAAAUGUCUUGAAAUUUUAUUUCGUAUCUAUAUUGUAGACUUGUAAAUGUUUAAGUUAAUGUAGUAGUCUUGUUGCAUAAAUGUAUUUUUUGUACAAAUAAAAUCAAUAAAACAUUACAUGCAUUUAUUUAUAACUGCUUGA